AUGAGGGUUGAGAAGGGCAAGGGAAGUGAUCAGAGAUUAAUGGAGGAAAUAGCAGUGGUGAUGCACAAGUUCGGGGACGAACAGAGCACUCUGUUGGACCAGUUCGAGCGCCUAACCUUUGAGGUCCAGCUCAACCAGGCCAUUCUGGGUCGAAGCCUCUCGGAGCCCAGCACCGCCCGGCCCCAGGCGGCGCAGCCUCUGGCCCCGCCGGUGCGGCAGGGCGGACGCCGCCGUGGCUCAGGUCUUCGGAAAGUCCUCAAGAAGCUGCUCAGACCAAUUCUCGGAAGGAAGGGAACGAACAGAGAAGUCCCAAACCCAAGGGACCCCAGAGUCUUGAAGGCAUUUAGUAGAUCUCUGAGAAACCCUACAGAAAGUGCGUUACUAGAGACUUUUCAUAUCGAACCCAGUAACUUGGUUCAGGAAAAUGGCGAUGGGUUAACCAGUAAAGAUGAGGAACAAGAACAGAGGGUGGAUUUGGAUUUUGAUAAGAGAAGCAGCAGAUUACGAGUUCAGAAGUUCGUUGACAGAAUUAGAGCAUUACCCACUUCGGAGAGAAUUCAAUAUGUCAAUGUCGUUGUGAAGGAUGGUGGGAUUGGGACUAUAUCCGGCUUCAAUGAUCUUCUCCUAGCUUUACUGAUAACAGAGGAGCCUGAACUUGCCCUCAAAGUGUUUGAUAAUUUGCCAUCUUAUGGGGUUGUGCCGGAUUCAUGGACAUUUUCCGUUGUGAUUAGAUGCCACUGCAAGAAAAAUGAUCCCACCGAGGCCAAACGAGUUUUAGACCACAUGGUGGGAAAUGGGUUUCAGGCCAAUGUUGUGACUUUCACUAUUCUGAUCAAUUCGUUCAGCAGAAGAGGCAUGAUGCAGAAAGCUUUUGAGGUUUUCGAGGUCAUGGGUCGGGUUGGAUGCGAACCAUCUGUUCAGACCCACAAUUGCUUGAUUAAGGGGCUGUGUUAUGUGGGAAGAGUGGAGGAAGCCUUUGAGUUUUUUAUGAAUAUCAAGAUAUCUCCCCAGAAACCAGACAUUUACAGUUACACAACUCUCAUGGAUGGGUUUUGCAAAGUGGGUCGAACAGAUGAAGCAAAGGAGUUGCUUAAUGAAGCUGUGGAGAUGGGAUUGACCCCAAAUGCGGUCACAUUCAAUACUCUGUUUAAUGGGUAUUGCAAGGAAGGGAGGCCUUUGGAGGGCAUUGGCCUUUUGGAGCAGAUGAAGGGAAGAAAUUGCUGCCCUGAUUACAUCAGUUAUAACACUUUGCUGCAUACUCUCUUGAAAUGGGGUAAAGUACCUAAAGCUCUACAGAUUUAUAGGGAGAUGGUAGCAACUGGCUUUGAUUUGGAUGAGCGGUUGAUGAACACUCUCCUGAGGGGGUUGUGCAGGAGAUCCUGGAAAGAAGAAAACCUCUUAAAAGAUGCAUACGAAUUGUUUGAAAAAAUGAGAGAUGGUGUUUCUGUGAUUUACCUCGAGACGUAUGAAGUCGUGAUAAGAACUCUAUGUAUCAAAAAGGAGAUGAACUCUGCAUUAUACCAUCUGCACGAGAUUAUUAUGAUUGGGCACUCGCCAAGGACGACCACCUUCAAUGUUGUUAUUCAAGCACUUUGUAAUGUGGGAAUGGUCAAAGAAGCAUUGAGGGUUUUGGUGCUCAUGUGUGAAGGAAGAAGAAUUCCCAGUAGAAUUUCCUAUAACCUUUUGAUUGCUGAGCUCAAUCGGCAGGGAAGGUUGCAGGGAGCUUUUAAUGUGUAUGGUGCAGCACUGAAGGUAGGUUUGGUUCCUAGUAGGAAGCCAGGGAAAUUUUCAACUGAGAUAAAAUCUCCAUGUGGACAAGCUUAG